AUGGAUGAAUUACGUGAUUCUCAAAAAGAAAUAAUUAAAGAGGCAUUAGAUAUGGGUGAACUUACAACCGGUAGGGGCUUGAAUCAACAACUUGGUCUUUCAAGAGCUUGUGACACUCGUUGGGGAUCUCAUUAUAAAUCCUUUAAUAAUUUUAUUAUUAUGUUUGGCUCUAUUCUUGAUGUUCUUGAAUCGCUUGCUCUUGAUGCACGAAAUUUGGAUGAAAGAGCUAAGACAAUGGGACAUCUCGAAGCUUGUCGAACAUAUGAGGUUGCUUUCAUGUUGCAUUUGAUGAGAGAUGUUUUAGGAAUUACAAAUGAGCUUAAUAAAUGCUUACAAAAAAAGGAGCAAGAUAUUGCAAAUGCCAUGCUACUUGUUGAAGUAGCAAAGAGAAGCUCUUUAAGAUCACGACGAAAGCUUGCUAACUAUACAAUCUCACAUUAUUAUCGUGUUGAAGUGUUUUGCAAUAUUAUUGAUUGGCAACUUCAAGAACUUAAUAAUCGUUUUGAUGAGGUGACUACCGAUUUGCUCCAUGGAAUUGCUUGCUUGAAUCCAAUUAACUCAUUUUCAAGUUUUGACAUCAAAAAAGUAAUGAGAAUGGCGGAAUUAUAUCCAGAUGACUUUGAUGAAUCUAAUAUGAAUGCUCUUAGGAAUCAACUUGCAAGUUAUAUUGUUGAUGUUCGUGAUGUUGAUGAAAGGUUCUCCGAUAUAAAUGGGCUUUGUGAUCUUUCCAAAAGAUUAGUUCAGACAAAGAAACAUUUUACUUAUCCUUUGGUAUUCCGUUUAGUGAAAUUUGUUCUACUUCUACCAGUUGUCACUGCCUCCGUUGAAAGAGCUUUUUCGGCAAUGAAGUUUAUUAAGAAUGACUUGCGGAGCCAAAUGAAUGAUGAUUUUUUUAGUGGUUGUUUGGUGUCUUAUUUAGAAAAAGAUGUAUUUGAUAGUAUUUCUAAUGAUGCUAUUAUUAAGACAUUUCAAGAUAUGAAACCUCGUAGAAUACAAUUGUAA